AUGACCGCGCGUACCAUACUGAUCACAGGUGCUACAGGAAAGCAAGGCGGCUCGGCCGUCAAAGCUCUCCUGGUCAAUCCUCCGCCUUUCGAAUUCCGCAUCCUUGCCCUGACGCGCAAAAGCACCUCUAAAGCCGCAAAGGAUCUCGCGGAAGACUCCAGGGUUGAAUUAAUCGAAGGCGAUCUACAUGAUCCACAAGCCAUUUUUACAAAGGCGGGAGGCGUGGGAGCAGUAUGGGGUGUGUUCUGUGUGACAAUUCCAUCAAUGAAAAAGGGGACUGAGCAGCUUGAGAUGGAGCAAGGAAAGAGGCUAAUCGAUGCCGCCAUAACGCACGAUGUGAAGCAUUUUGUCCUUACAUCCGUAGAUCGCGGAGGUCCUGAAAAAUCCGAUGUCAACGCCACGGAUGUGCCUCACUUUGUCACAAAGUACUGGACCGAGAAACAUCUGAUCGAGAGUACCAGAGGCAAAAACACGAGUUAUACUAUUCUGCGACCGGUCGCGUUCAUGGAAAACCUCACGCCAACCUUUCCGGGCAGAGUCUUUGCGGCGAUGUGGGCAAACAUGGGGGACAAGGCCUUGCAGAUUGUGGCCACAAAAGAUAUCGGCGUAUUUGCCGCAAAGGCGUUUGCGGGCUCGGACACGGAGGAAUACAAGAACACCUCGAUCAGUCUGGCAGGAGACACUCUCACCCAAUCGCAAGCCAAUGAGAUCUUCUGGAGAGCCCUUGGCCGCCCGAUGCCAGUCUCAUAUGGCUUCGUGGCCAGCCUACUACAGUGGAUGGUGCCCGAGUUAGGGACCAUGUUUCACUGGUUCGUCGAACAUGGGUAUGGUGCUGACGAGGUUCAGUGUCGCAGGCUGAACAAGGAUAUGCUGAACUUCGAAAGUUGGCUGAUCCAGGAAAGCGGAUUCAAGAGGUAA